AGCGUUGCAGGCAGGACAGGCCGCUGCAGGCAGCCAAACGCCGCCACUCUCAACAGAUACCAGCGUGUUUUCACAGUCAGUGGAGAUGGCAUUCGUCCCCGAUUUGGACACGCUGGAGAGCAGCAGCCUGAGUGAGGAGACAUUUUAUGGCCCUGACUGCCUUUGUCUGCAGAAGAACCCCUGUCUGGACUUGGACAUGACGUUGCCUGGAGUGGACAUCCAGGUGACAGUGACCAAGGGACAUCCCACCAGGACCUUUCGCCAGGCUGCCACCCUCAUGGUGGCUGUGACCAAGCUCCUAAAGCAGCCGGCACCCAAGGACUUUGCCGACAGUGACCUUGGGUGCUUUCUGGAUCAUCUUUUCGAGCCCGUCCCCUUCCAAAGGGUCGAGAGCAGCCACGCUGGGGCACCCAUCUACCGCUACACUCGCUCCCAGUCCUUUGACAUCCUCGACAUUAACCAGAAGUGCUUCGUGCUUGAGUCACCCACCCAACUGGUGGCCCUACACCUCCAGGGACCCUCUGCUGGGCGGAAAGGUGAGGGGACACAGUCCAUUCCCAAGGUCCCUGCUCCAGCCUUGGCACCACCUGGGAGCCACCCCACAGCCCCGGGACCACCCUCUAACUCACCCCUUCUCACUGCAGUGAAGCUCAACAUUGCCCUGUACCGUCCACGGUCAUCACAGGGUGACUCAGGCAAUGGGCGGGUGCCAGUGGCAUUGGGCAUCAAAGGCUACCAGCUCUACAUGUCGUGCAUGAUGGGUGGCACCGAGCCUGUGCUGCAGCUGGAGGAAGCCGACAUCAGGAAGGACAUAGAGAGUGCGGAGCUGAUCCGCUUCAUCUUCUACCGUCUGGACAGCCCAGCCGAGGGGACCACACGCUUCGAGUCGGCCGCCUUCCCAGGGUGGUUCAUCUGUACCUCCCAGCAGCCACGCCAGCCCAUCGGCAUCACCAACCAGCCUGACCAGGUCAACAUCGCUACCUACAAGCUGAGCAGGCGCUGAGGGACCCCAGCCGAGCCCAACCCAACCCAACCCAACCCAACCAGCAGUUGCUGGUUUCCAGUCUGUAUGUACCGAGUACAAACCCCCCCCGAGUCCCCCGUCCCCUGUCUAUUUCAGGUGAAAUAGCAGCUCUGGGCCCUGUGGGCCUGCAUCACCCUGAAUUUUACUUAUUUAUUGGGUCCACCCCGUGCUUUUGUACUUAUUUAUUGUGUCCGCCGCUUGCUUUUAACUUAUCUACAUUUUGUUGGAAAAAUUGUGGUUUUGUUAUCGGGAA